AUGCAGCAACAUCACCACUCGCAGCAGCCACAACAGCAGCACGUCCAGUCGUCGUCCGCGUUCAGUGGAGCGCUUCCUCCGAGGCCAACGCGCAGCUCGGCCAUUCCCAUCGUGGCGCCUGUCGCCACGCCUCCUCCUCAUGGUAUAGCAUCGAAACCUGCACUGUCCUAUGGUGCAGCUACAGCCGCAGGAGGGGCGUCGCAGCCGGAAGCAGCCAAGUCUCCCACUGGAACCAAUGCCACCGCCUCGGCCCGGAAACCGUGCCGCAACGUAGCCAUAUAUGGCCAUUGCAAGUACCAGAAUGACGGGUGUCCCUUUGACCACACUUCUGCAUCGACCACUACACCACCGUCCCAGACUCCCAAGUCUCCUGCUUCACAGUAUGCCUCGGGGCUCUCGGCUGCUUCGGCCGCGUCGCCUGCUAGCUCGCCCAACAAAUCUCGAGGCGUCCUCAACGCCCCUUCGAGCCCCCUCAAGGGAGCCCUCAGCGCCCGCAACGUCGCAGCUGCUGUCUUCGUACCCAAGGUCAACGGCGCCUCCUCCCCCUCGAUCUCAGCUGCCUCACCGGCACCAACCCCGAGAUCGACGCUCGACGGCGUCACCUCGGAAGUCAGCGACAUGAGGAUCGAUUCGGCAAGCUCCAAAGACUUCGCCGCUAGCGCAUACACCUCCAACGGACCAGGGACCUCCAACAUGUACACAUCGAGCUAUGAUAUCGAUCCCAUCAACAGCUCGUUCGACCCGUCCUACACCGCCAGCACGUCUCACGAGCAACAGAUGGGUGCGUCGACUCCUUCAGCGCAGCCUUCGCGUCCAUACAAUCCCUACGAACACAUGAACGAAUUUGGCGAUCCCACGGCGCCACAAGGUCCACCCAAUCUCGGUCUAGGCGCAGGCAUGGACUACUAUUCAGCUGCCGCCAACGGCGCCGCCAAGAUUCGUCAGCCGCUGCACUACCACCUCUACGCCCCACCGCUGCCGCACGUAUCCAACCUGCAUCCGCAUCACCUCACUGCCAACGCCUUCUUCCUCCAUCCUAAUCAGCGCGAGGAACUGCAACGCAAGCAGGAGGCCAUGUUGGCAAGCGUACCUCCUCCCGAGCUGGGUGGUCCGAAUCUGCCCGAAGAGCUGCACGUCUACCAUUCGCUCGUCCCGCUCGAGCAUCCUGGGCCCGGCGCACCUUCCACGAUGGGACUGCCUCCUGGAUUGAUCGAUCCACGUAUGGGCAAUCCUGGCUCGAACGGUGCCACGGGCGCCUCGGGAGACCACAGCAAAGUGUUUGGAUACCGCAGCCAUUCGUACAAAGCCACUUGCACGCUCGAUGGAAAAAGGUACGUGUUGCGAAGGAUCGAGGGCUUCAGGCUGCAGCACGAGUCCGCCAUCGCGCUCGUCGAACGCUGGCGUCGCAUUCGUCAUCCCAGCAUCGUCAGCGUGCGCGAGGCUUUCACCACGCGCGCCUUUGGCGAUCAGUCGAUCGUUUUCGUCUACGACUAUCACCCCUUGGCGACUACGCUGUACGCCGAGCACAUGACCAUCAAGGCAGCUCAGCCCGACCGUCGGACCGGUCGAUUGCAGCCCGUCUCGAUGCAAGUGCCCGAGCGCACCUUGUGGAGCUACCUCUGCCAGUUGACCUCGUCCCUACGCUCCAUCCACUCGAGCAACCUCGCAGCGCGAUGCAUCGAGGCCAGCAAGGUGCUUCGCACGGGAAAGAACCGUGUCCGCAUCAACUGCUGCUCCGUGUUCGACGUGAUCGCGUACAAUCCCGACGAAAAUGGCUCGGAUGCGCUCAAGGCUCAGCAAUCGGAGGAUAUGGUCAAUCUGGGUGCUCUCAUCCUGAGCAUUGGUCUCAACAGCGUUUCCGCGACCAACGACAUUGGCUCCAGUCUGGCCACCUUCGCCGGUCGCUACUCUGCCGAGCUGAAGAAUGUUGUAGCUUGGCUGGUUGGCCAGAAGCCUGCUCCAAAUGAGUCGACGGGUGAAGACGCUCCCGAAGUGACUCGAAACGUCAGCGAGCUCGUCAAGGUGCUUGCCAGCCAUUCUGCCGACGAGAUGGAUUCCGCGCUCAACUACACGGAUCUCAUGGAGAAUUCGUUGAUGAAGGAGCUCGAGAACGGUCGUCUUGUGCGACUGCUUUGCAAGUUUGGCUUUAUCAACGAGCGCCCCGAAUUUGAUCACGAUCCUCGAUGGGCAGAGACGGGCGAUCGGUACGUGAUCAAGCUGUUCCGCGACCACGUGUUCCACUCGGUCGACGAAGCGGGUCGACCCGUGGUGGAUCUGAGCCACAUCUUGACCAAUCUCAACAAGCUCGACGCGGGCACGGACGAGAAAAUCAUGCUCACCUCGCGCGACGAGCAGAGCUGUCUGGUGGUCAGCUACCGAGAGAUCAAGAACUGUAUCGAGAGCGCUUUCCAGGAUCUGUCGCGAACACGCUAA